AUGGUUGAGGUCGACGAAUUGAGCGGAAAUUCAAUCUCAGUAGCUGUCCGUUUCCUCCACGAAAAGAGAAAUGUCACUCUUCUCACCCUAUACGGCCUUGCUUGGGAGAAUCAGGCCGUUGCAGGUACAGUCUCUGAAAUUCUAUACUCGGUAGGCAUUGGCGUUGACAAUCACGACCAGCUUGCCCCGGCAUCGCGGGCCCUUCUCAGUUCUUCUAGUCGGCUAGGCAAUGCCAACGAUUCUCAAACAACUGUGCCCGAACAAGAAGGUCUCGAGGAGCCCGUGGCAUCCCCCCAAAAAUCCGAGUCGGCUUCAUCAGUGCCAAAGGGCAUAAAAGGAGAGACCUCAACACAACCCCCAUCAGAAGCAGAGGCACCUAUCAAAGAAUGGGGGUCACGUUUAGAUGAUAUCAACACCAAUGCUCGAUUGCCCAGAAGUGUUCAGGCGCUGUACCUACGACCGCUCCGAAGAAAGGCUCAAUAUGGCCUACCCGUUUGCGACCUUCAGUUAAGAUCCUACAGUGUGCGGAACCUCGAGUUCUUUGCGGAUUUCGCCAUCCGUGCUGCCUAUUACUUAAAUCUCCCGGUAUCUGGGCCGGUGCCGCUGCCUAAGAUUGUCGAACGAUGGACGUUUCCCCGUGGCAAUUUUGUGCACAAAAAAAGCCAGGAGAACUUUGAGCGUAUAACCCUCCGUCGAUUAAUUCAGAUCAAAGAUGGCAGCCCCCAGGCUGUGCAGGCAUGGCUUGCUUUUGUUCGGAAGCAUGCGUUUUAUGGUGUUGGAAUGAAAGCAAACAUCUGGGAGCAUGAAAGUAUUGAAAUCGCCAAAAAUAUGGACCAGGCUCUUCCCGAAAUCGAAAAGAAUCUCGAGUCUCAUCUAUCACAAUUUGGUCGUCGUGAAGAUGCAACAUCCACGCCAGACAUGUUACCUACCUUUCUGGGAAACGAGCGACUGUCUUUGAGGAAGGGGCCCCUGACUAAUGUUCGUGGCGAAUGA